UAAUGAAAGAUAUGGUCGAUGUGUCAUGCUGUCUGUUCGCGGUUCUGAUUUCUUUCAACUACCGUUGUAAUUUCUUUCAACUACUCUCUUUAUAAACUCCCCAGAACUCACCAUUUUUCCUCCGUCGUCUCAUUCCACCGGAGUUUUAAUUUCCCGGCCUCCGGCAUGCUUUCCGUGCCAAAAAUGGAGAUUCUCCGGGGACCGUUCUGCCCGGAAGUCGUAAGACACGGCGUAUAACGUGUAAUACUGAUAAGUAACAAAGGAAACAGCUAUAAAGCUUGGAUUUUUCACGUCAAGACUGAGGAAUUCUGUGGUGCAAUCAAGAAAGGAAGAAUCUUUGGAGCAAAAUUAAAAAAUGUUGGAGGGGGAUGACCCGGCAAUCUCACGUAGUAGUAGGAGGAGUUUGGCGUCGAGUAGCAGGCGGAGUUGGCAGUCCGCCAGCCUCCGGGAGGUGGCGUGGGUGGCCACGCCGGAGGCGUUCGGGCGGAGCGCGCGGCGGGAGGAUGAGGAGGACGAGCUGCUGUGGGCCGCCAUCCAGCGGCUGCCGACGUUUGACAGGAUGAGGAAAGGCGUGUUGAAGAAGCAUGCGGUGGGCGGCGACGGCAGGCUUGUUGCAGAGGAAAUCGACAUUACCAGGCUUGGGAAGCAAGAAAAGGAAGUGUUAAUGGAGAGUAUACUAAGAGCUGUUGAGGAAGAUAAUGACAGGUUUCUUCAAAGGUUUAGAGAAAGGAUUGAUAGGGUGGGGGUUGAUAUACCAAAGAUUGAAGUAAGGUAUGAGCACUUAUCAGUGGUGGGAGAGACAUAUAUUGGUAGUAGAGCAUUGCCCACUUUGGCUAAUACCACCAUGAAUGUUCUUGAGAAUGUUCUGAGGAUGGUUCACCUUGCCCCUUCUAAUAGAAGAAGCAUUCAAAUACUCAAAGAUGUCAGUGGCAUUAUCAAGCCAUCAAGGAUGACACUGCUUUUAGGUCCCCCUGGUGCAGGGAAAACAACGUUGCUGAGGGCCCUUGCAGGAAAGCUUGAUAAUGAUUUAAAGAAAACAGGAAAAAUCACAUACUGUGGCCAUGAAUUUCAUGAAUUUGUCCCUCAAAGGACAUGUGCCUAUAUUAGUCAACAUGAUCUUCACCAUGGAGAGCUGACAGUGAGGGAAACAUUGGAUUUCUCGGGCCGCUGUUUGGGUGUUGGAACAAGAUAUGAGCUGCUGGCUGAACUCUCAAGGCGUGAGAGAGAAGCGGGAAUCAAACCAGAUCCAGAACUUGAUGCUUUCUUGAAGUCCAUAUCCGUGGCUGGCCAAAAGACCAGUUUGGUCACGGAUUACAUUAUCAAGAUUCUAGGAUUAGAGAUUUGUGCAGACAUCACUGUUGGUGAUGAGAUGAGGAGGGGUAUCUCUGGUGGACAGAAGAAGCGUGUAACCACUGGGGAAAUGUUGGUUGGACCUGCAAAAGUUCUUCUAAUGGAUGAAAUAUCAACUGGACUAGACAGUUCCACAACUUUUCAGAUUGUAAAAUACAUGAGCCAGUUGGUUCACAUUAUGGAUGUAACAAUGGUCAUUUCUCUGCUCCAACCAGCCCCCGAAACGUAUGAUCUUUUCGAUGACAUAAUCUUGCUCUCAGAAGGGCAGAUUGUGUAUCAAGGUGCGAGGGAAAAUGUUCUCGAGUUCUUUGAGAACACGGGAUUCAAAUGUCCUGAGCGCAAGGGAAUUGCUGAUUUUCUCCAAGAAGUGACCUCCAAGAAAGAUCAAGAACAAUAUUGGUUCAGAAGAGAGCAACCAUAUCGAUACAUCUCAGUUGCAGAAUUCGCAGAGGCUUUCACUUCAUUUCGUCUUGGCCAACAUCUUGCCGAUGAGCUUAGCAUCCCUUAUGAUAAGUCCAGAGCCCACCCUGCUGCAUUGGUGACUAACAAGUAUGGUAUCUCCAAUUGGGAGCUUUUCAAGGCAUGCUUCUCUCGGGAGUGGCUGCUAAUGAAGCGUAACUCUUUUCUUUACAUAUUCAAAACUACCCAGAUAACCGUCAUGUCCAUUUUGGCAUUCACUGUUUUCUUGAGAACCGAGAUGCCAUAUGGCAGGUUACAAGAUGGAAGUAAAUUCUAUGGGGCUCUCUUCUUCAGUCUGCUCAAUGUAAUGUUUAAUGGAAUGGCGGAGUUAGCUCUAACAGUUAUGAGACUUCCUGUGUUCUUUAAACAACGGGAUCAUUUGUUUUAUCCCCCUUGGGCUUUCGCCCUUCCAAUUUGGUUCUUGAAAAUACCCCUAUCAUUCAUGGAAUCAGCAAUAUGGAUUAUUCUUACAUAUUAUCCAAUUGGUUUCGCCCCUUCUGCUGGAAGGUUCUUUCGUCAAUUUUUGACAUUUUUCGGUAUACAUCAGAUGGCUCUCGCUCUAUUCCGAUUCAUUGCAGCAGUUGGAAGAACACAGGUAGUUGCAAACACUUUAGGUGCAUUUUCCUUGCUGUUGGUUCUUGUUCUUGGGGGCUUCAUAAUCGCUAAAGAUGACAUUAAGCCUUGGUUGAAAUGGGGAUAUUAUGUUUCUCCUAUGAGUUACGGGCAAAAUGCAUUAGUUAUGAAUGAAUUUCUGGACGAAAGAUGGAGUGCUCCUAAUAUAUACACCAUAAUUCAAGAACCUACUGUAGGGAAGGCGCUUCUCAAGGCAAGAGGUUUUUACACAGACGAUUACUGGUUUUGGAUUUGCAAUGGAGCUCUCUGGGGAUUUUCCCUUCUUUUCAACUCUUUAUUUAUUGCAGCACUGUCUUUCUUAAACCCUUAUGGUGACUCGAGGGCUGCACUCUUGGAGGAGGAUGUUGAAAACAAGAAAAACGAGUCCUCUCAAGGUAUGAUUCCACGAGAGAGGAAUGGUUCGAGGAAAGGAAUGGUUCUUCCUUUUCAGCCCUUGUCCCUUGCUUUUAACCAUAUAAACUACUACGUGGAUAUGCCUUCUCAAAUGAAGAGUGAAGGUGUUAAUGAAGAUCGCCUCCAGCUACUUCGAGAUGUUUGUGGUGCUUUCAGACCGGGGGUACUGACAGCGCUUGUAGGCGUGACUGGUGCUGGAAAGACAACCUUAAUGGAUGUCUUAGCGGGACGAAAGACCAGUGGAUACAUCGAGGGUAGCAUUAGCGUUUCUGGUUAUCCAAAGAACCAGACAACGUUUGCUCGAGUCAUUGGCUACUGUGAACAAACCGAUAUCCAUUCCCCCAAUCUUACUGUCUAUGAAUCCGUCGUUUAUUCUGCUUGGCUUCGUCUCUCUGCUGAUAUUAACAAGAAUACACGCGAGAUGUUUGUAGAAGAAGUGAUGGGACUGGUUGAGCUUAAUCCCAUAAGAAAUUCGUUAGUUGGUCUUCCCGGGGUGGAUGGUCUUUCGACUGAACAAAGAAAACGGUUGACAAUCGCUGUGGAGUUGGUUGCUAACCCGUCGAUAAUAUUCAUGGAUGAACCAACAUCGGGGCUCGAUGCCCGAGCUGCUGCCAUUGUUAUGCGAACCGUGAGAAACACAGUGGACACUGGGAGAACAGUUGUGUGCACCAUUCACCAGCCAAGCAUAGACAUUUUCGAAGCUUUUGAUGAGUUACUCUUGUUGAAGAGAGGAGGGCAAGUGAUCUAUGCAGGACCACUUGGUCGAAACUCGCAACAACUGAUUGAAUAUUUCGAGGCUGUACCUGGGGUACCUAAGAUCAAGAAUGGGUAUAAUCCAGCCACAUGGAUGCUGGAGAUCAGUACUGCUGGAAUUGAGGCACAAACUGGAGUUGAUUUUGCAGAAAUUUAUGCAAACUCUCCACUUCAUCAGAGGAAUCAAGAACUCAUAAAAGAACUAAGCACCCCGCCUCCCGGUUCCCAAGACCUUUACUUCCCAACAAAAUACUCCCAAUCAUUUGUAGAGCAAUGCAAAGCAUGUUUCUGGAAACAGCAUUGGUCUUACUGGAGGAACCCACAGUACAAUGCAGUCCGGUUUUUCGUGACAAUAGUCUUGGGCGUUAUGUUUGGAGUUAUAUUUUGGGGCAAAGGAGACGAAAUCCAUAAUCAACAGGAUCUUCUGAAUCUUUUGGGAGCUAUCUAUGCUGCUGUGAUUUUCCUUGGAUCUAUAAACACGUCUUCGGUGCAAGCUACUGUGGCUGUGGAGAGAACAGUUUUCUAUCGAGAACGGGCUGCUGGGAUGUAUUCCGCCUUGCCAUAUGCACUUGCUCAGGCUGGUAUAGAAGCAAUAUAUGUGGCUGUACAGACAAUUUCCUAUUCUCUUCUCCUAUACCCCAUGAUUGGAUUUGAGUGGAAACUGGGAAAAUUUCUAUGGUUCUAUUACUUCAUGUUCACCAGCUUCAUCUACUUCACACUCUAUGGAAUGAUGCUCGUGGCACUAACGCCCGGUGUCCAGUUUGCUGCCAUUGCCAUGGCUUUCCUCCUCACCUUCUGGAACCUCUUUGCUGGUUUCAUUCUUCCCAGAAAACAAAUGCCGGUAUGGUGGAGGUGGUACUACUGGGCAUCGCCUUGUGGAUGGUCACUUUACGGGCUAAUCACGUCACAGCUCGGGGAUAAAGAGUCUCGGGUUCAGGUUCCUGGAGAAGGUGACAUGACAAUAAAACAGUUCCUUAAAGAUUUCUUUGGUUAUGACUAUGGUUUCCUUCCUGCUGUUGCUGCAGCUCAUGUUGGUUGGUCUCUCUUGUUCUUCUUUGUGUUUGCCUAUGGUAUCAUGUUCCUCAACUUCCAAAGAAGAUAAGGCUGGGAUGCCAAUCUUUCCUUAAUCCCAGGUUUUUGUCUUUGAAAAUGUAUAAACAUAUAUGUUUUCCUGUCAUGUUUCCCAGUUUGAGAUUUGCAAUGCUGUAGAGUAGUUUUUAGGAAAUGAAUAUAUACUAGCCCGCAUAGACACCUCAGUUAG